CACACAAACAAACAUGGCAGCGUGCACACAAAUUGAAAAGUAGAGUAUGGUUGUGAAAUUAUUGUAACUGUCCAGAGAUGUUAAGACGUUUUAAGCCUUAUAGGCGAUUGGCCGGAGGUCCAAAAGAAAGGAUAAAUUUGCUACGUGGUCUAAUCAACCACCUCGUAAAGUAUGAACGACUUGAGACUACAUACGGGUUAGCACACGAGACACAGAAAUAUGCCGAAAGGCUAAUAAAUGUUGCAAAGAAAGGUGAUCAUGAUCCGGCAGCAAUGAAACUCGCUGACUAUUGGCUCUAUGAGAAACAAUUAGUACACAAACUGUUCAAAGUAUUGGUACCUCGGUUUGAAAAUUCCACUGGGCUGUACACAAGGCUAUUAAAAGUUCCAGGAUACAAUGAAAAAGGCAUUCCGACUGCUUUUCUAGAAUACAAAGGGAACCCAUAUCCACCACUGAGGCCGGAAAAAAGAAAGAAUCCUGAUUGGAUAAUUAACCAGCUGAUUCGCGGAGCAAUGCUGGAUCUUAAGAACUCUGGGAAAUUGAAAGGAGAUAGCUCAAUACCGCCCUCUACAAACACUCGAUCCAGCGAUAGAGUUUCUGCAGUUGGUGAUGGGACAGCGGUCUAAGACUGAUAAAAACGAAAAUUUUGUGGAGUAAACAUUAAUUUUAUGUGGAUUGCGUGUUGAUAUAAUUCCCCUUUCCAAUACUACAACUAUACAAUAACAAAACAGUGUAAAGAAGUAUUGUCGCUUGAAAAAUACCCAAAAAUAUCAUUAAAAAAAUCAUUUUUGAAAUUAAACUCAUUUUGAAGUAACAGAUUAUUCAGUGUAAAAAUCAGGGUACACAUUUUUUUUUUACAAUUCAAUAGUUUCUCUGCUCAAGUUGUUAAUUUCAAAAUUAUUUUUUUAAUGAUUUUUUUUUGUCACAUUUGGGGGAACAAUACACCUUAAAGAAAUAGCCUCUUUUUGAAGAAUUUUGAUUUAACAUUAACAAGAAAAGAUAAACACACAGAUCUGCUUAAGACUGUUUUAUUACUAUUAUUACCUUGUCUUAAGUGUGUAAAACAUCAUGUUAUAUUAUAGCAAUGUUUGGCAUGCAAUCCUAUAAUCUAUUACUGUACUGCAUACACAUUUCAUGUGUCCUGGUAAUUAAUUAUACUCUAAUGUACAAAGGUAUUAAAUUAAGGAUUUUUGGAGAUGAUACAUGUUUAUCCAUAAAAUAUAGUAAAAUAUCUAUAAUAAGCUACACCUUUAAUUGGUACAUAUUGUUAAAAUAUGAAAUGCUAACUAAUACAUAUACUUGUCUAGAAUAGGUCGAAUGUUGUACAUUUGAACUGAUUUUUAAUAAACUUGUCUAUCUAAUGUGCCGACUUGCUGAACCAUGUUCAUGAGUCGGCAUCACAAAGAAA